UUUUUAAAUUGAAUCAUUUUUAUUUUUGCUAUUAAGUUGCACAACCUAAAAGCUAUUGCUUUACUCUCGACUAGAUUAAAGAUUACAAACUCCAAUUAAAUGAUCGUAAAAAUGCUAUAAAAAAUCUCAACCCUACUAUAAAUCAAUUAUUUAAUAAACAAAUAAAAAUAUUGCAUUUAAAAUGAACUUUUCGUCAGUUCCCAAGAUUGUUGAUACCCACUGAGCUUAUAAAAGCCAAAACAUGCGUUUCUUUUUUGUCUGUUCUGAAAUAGAAUUUUCAGAAUGUCAAAAAUCAGCUACUUAGUAUAUUAUGCUCAAGCAUUAUUCGUAGUCCUUGUAAUUUCCGGAGCUACAAAGAAAAACUGGCAGUAUGUAAUGGAAAAAUUCGAAUGGGUUAGUACUAACGAAUCAUUAAUUUCUGCCAAACUCCGGCCAAUUCGUAUCGCCCGUGGUGUAUAUGGUCUUAAUGGGACCAUUAAUAUUGGAUUUGAAAUUGAUAAUACUUUUAAGAUACAAUUUAAAAUUCUUCGCAGCAAUUCCGGUACAAGUAAAUUCAUAGAAACGCCGUUACAUAUCCCUCAGCUACCAUUUUACUACUUUAUGACGAAAUAUUAUAAAAAAUAUGCAAUGAACGAUAUAAAAAAUUGUUCGGAUUUUCCGCAAUUUGAAGGCAAUUUUGAUACCCCAACAGAAAUCCGUAAUUAUUAUUUCAAUUUUUGUGUUAUGAGUACUGAAAAUAUGCCAACGCACAUGUGGACUGGGUUUUAUAAGAUUGUCUUGGAUUUGGAAGGACCUUUUGUGAGAUUUGUUUGUACUGUAUCAUCAAAUGUGUUUAGUGUUUAGAUUGUGGAUGAAAAUUAGUUUAAAAUAAAAGAAAAAUUUAAU